ACUGCCUUAUCUGAAUUUACAUCCUGCAGAAAACCCAAAGUCCCAAAACUCCACCGGCGCUGAGCAUUAGUAGUCCUUCUUUUGCUGUGUGGCUAAGUGAUGAUGUUUACUUUUCCUGGUCGCCUUCUGUACUACAUAGAAUGAGUCCCCACUUCAACCUGGGGCGUGUAUGGCCGUUCCCGACCAUCUAUCCCGACUGGCGAACUCCCGUGACCCAAGAUGUGCUCCUCAUGGGAUGGGUCGCGGCCUUCUUUGCCCUCCUGCUGCCCCUUCUAUCUCGUCAUUCCGGCUUCUAGUUACAAAUUAUCAAGAACCAUCCGCGUGACAGUCUUCAUGCUCCUUGCAUUGUCCAUCAUGUUGUGCAAUUUCGGCCAAGACUGGGAGGUGGGAUUUAUCCGGACUCGGACGCCGUAUAAGGCUGGAACGGCUGAUCAAAUUGAAGCGGAAAUAGGCGUCAGGUUGGGACUUCGCUCUGUCAACAUAACCCUUAAAGGUAAACCUCAAAACGAGAGUUCAUCCUUGGCAGGGGAGGUCAUCAACUACAACGAGAGAUUCACCUGGGUCUGGGCUCAGGGCAGACCUGGAUUUGGGCCUUAUGCGGGGCAUAUUCAGAGAGACUUCCGGGCUGCCCAGCAGCGCGGGAGUCCUUAUCCCAUCCUGUGGGUGGCGGAGUAUUUCACAUUCGACGGAGAAGGCAUACGCUUCGGGCGGCAUUACAGGACAGCAGGGUGGUACUCCCAUAUCGUGCUUUGGGCCGCUUUCCCCACGUGGGUGAUGACUGUCCUGCUCUUCAAGAUGGUGAUCCGGUACGCGGCGUUGGCUGUGGUGCUCAUAGGAGUCCUGCUGGUGAUUCCUGUGAUGAUCUGGUCCUGCUUCAGGAAUCCUAUCGAACUCGAAAUCCCGUUCGAGGACGGGAUCCUGACGACGAAGUUUGGGUGGUGCUUCUACCUCGCACUUUUGACAGGCCUCAUGUGCAUUGCUAUUGGCGCUGUUCUAUUCGGGCUGAGCGUCAAGGGUUACCAGGACAAACUGAUAGACUUCUUCGGAAACAACCCCUGGAAGCUCCUCGCGGAAGUUGACUACAGUCCCACUGAUGCUGAAAACAGCUCAGUAUGCCAGACUCCUGGUAUGAUUGAAAUGGAAUUGUUCAACAGGUUUCCUUCACGGUGCCGUGGAGGACUUACACCGACUUCCUCCUUCCUGCCAAAGUCCUCCACAGGAGCGACAAACCCUUCUUUUACGCUGGAUGCAUGCGACGGCGCCGUCGCUGGUUCCAGCGCUGAUCUCUGUGAUGACGUUUUCCUGGAAAGCCCUACAACUAAGACGGAAGGAUCUAAAGACGACUCGCCAGCAUCUGACAAGCAAGAAUAAAAACAGAGGGCAACUUGAAAACUUAUACACAUCCUAGACGAAAAAGAAUCUGGAACGUCAUUGGAAAUUCCCAUUUAUAUUAUUCGCUUGUGAAAUAAAUCAGAAUGGAUCGCAAUUCAAAGGCAAGGUCUACGAGACUGUCGGGGAUUUUCGAUUUGUUCAGUGAGGACAAGACUGGAAGGGACGACGAAAGUACCUCCCACGAAAAGUCGCAGGAGAAAUCCCCGAGGGAAACGAAAGAGAAGAGAGUGACUUUGUUCAGUUUCAGAAAGAAGUGUGAGAGCGAGCAGAAAGUGCAUGAGAAACGGAAGAGCAAACCCAUCAUUAGAUAUUUCAGCAGCGACCAUCCAUCCAAGGAAACGAAGAGUCUGAAAGGGAGAGAGGAAAGUGUCAAUGACGAGGGUACUACACAAGUCAUUCUGAGGAAGCCCAGACUUGCUCGAGACCUGAUGCAGAAUCAGAGUAGUUUACUUGACCAAGAGGAGCGUUUGGGUCCAGGGCGCUUAGAUUCGUCGUUCCCAAGAGAGCAGGUGGGGAGACCACAUUCUUCCCCAGGUGAAAUAUGGCCGACAGCGAGCAGAGGUCUUGUAACGACCACACGACCAAAAUUGUUCAGAUUCUCUUCGAAGCAAAAGGAAAAAUUAACUGAACCAUCUGGGAUAGGAAUGUUACACUCUACAGACUCUUUUCAUUAUCAAAUUACAGGUGAAAAGGAGGUGAAAGCCAAGGUCAUGGACGAAAUAUUACAGUCACCGAGCAACUCGGAGGAUGUGCUAAUUGUAUCACAUGGGAAAUCGGUGAAAAGAUUUAGAUCAGAGGGAAGAUGUGAAGAGCUGUACCCUGUCGACAAAACAGUGAUCGUUAACAGUGAAAUUUCUUCAGAUUUCGUUAUGACAAAAGGAGAAGAAAAUUGCUACGAAGUUGUACUUAGAAACAGAUUGGUUCCAUUGUGUAGCGAGACUCAGCAGGAUGUUGAGAAUGAUAGGAGCAAAAAUGCAACGGAUGUGUCUGCAAACCGUUUGAAGAAAUAUUUUGGUUUUCCUGUUAUCCUAGUUAGGAAUCUGUUCACGCUCCUCAAAAGCAGCGUCCUUUUUUUCAUCAGCUUUGUUUUGUUCUUGCCGCGGAACCUUCUUCUAGCAAUCAGAUCUUUGUUUCUUUUCGCCGUUAGUAGUUGUAACAAAUUAUAUUUAGGCAUCAAAACUAGAGUCUGUAGAACAGAUCAAGGAGAGCCAAAAGAGAAUUCCGAAUUACCAAAAGAGGAUACGGAAUUACACAAAUAUAUUGAUGCAGAUUAUGCUAAUGACACAAACCAAGAUGGGAAUCAUGAAACGGUCGCAACAGCUUCACCAUACGAACAAUGGCAAGGGGAUCAUGUCGACACUCACUUAAACGAAUCACACGUUACUUCAAAAUCAUGCAAAUCAAAAUGGCGGAGACUCCUUCGCCAGCUGAGUAAAGACGGGAGACAAAAACUGAAUAGAGCUAAUUCAGCCUCUGAUUUUGAUGAACCAGAAGAAAGCAAGACAUUCGUGACAGAAUCUGAGAUCAGUCAGAAUCAAGGAAACGACAUUUUACUAGAAAGUUACGGAAAACAAGAGGACGCUGUUGGUCUAGCAACAGUGGAAGUAAAACAAGAGAGAAGUUUAUUUAGAUCCUUCUUUUUAUUCACAAAGAAAGCGUUUGAAUUUCUACUGUCUGCCAUAUUGUUUGUCCCACUAAAUACGAUCUAUACUUUGAAGUGUUUUUUCUCAAAACUUUAUUCUCUGGUAUUUAGAAAUCCUGUCAAAUUAAGGAGAAACUCUGCUAAAAACGUAAUUCAUCCUAAUUCGCACAUUCAUCUCGAUUCGGGACUUAAGGAGACCACAAGAGAAAAUGACAGAGAGACAAAAGACGAACGCUCUCUCAGUGUGUUUGGACUAAUCAAGAAAAAGAGAGAGGGGUCAAGGAGAGAAAAUAUCAAAGAUGACGUAAAUCCCUCAAAUACCGCAGAAGGUUUUUCUUAUGAUCUAAAAGUCCUUAUGAAAAAAGUAGUUUCACUUUUCUCUGCUCUUUUCUAUUUCAUAGGUCUUUGUGUUGUCACCCUCUUUAAUUGUUUAGUUAAGGUUAUAUCGAAUAUGUUUGUGUUUAUGAAUUUAUUGUUGUUAUUUUCUAUAAGAUUGAUCUGUUUACCAUUUGUUUUGCUAGGGAAAGCUAUUAUUUUCUUAGUUAAGUGCAUCCGCUAUCUAAUUUGGCUUUUAGGAAUAACAAUUUUUUGCGCUAUCAAAGCAUUUUGUUUAGCAAUUUUGUUGAUUUUGUCUUUGCCCAUUGGCGUAAUUGUGCUUUUAAAAAUCACCUUAUGUUUUCUUGCUGACGUUUUAUGGACCUGUUGCUUGACGGUAGUAAGACGAGGAAGCAUGACGCAACUCCAAAGAGAUGAUGAAGGAAAUAAUACUGGUGCGCAUGCGCUUGAACCCGAGGCAGAGAUUCGUGGCAAGGUCCGGGUCAAGCAUGGAGGAAAAAUCGAAAAAAUCUUGAAAAGACUCCAUGUUAAUUCACUUUUCAAAAAAAGGAAGAAAUCGCCUGAAAGAGAUGCCUUUUCAGCAGAGCAGACAAGCCUUCAGUGCAGUGUCCGAAAGCUUGCAUUAUCGGAAUCCGAAAGCAUCGUUCCGGUGACGCAAGAAAAGCCUCAGGUACUUGAGUGUCAGUCUGAUCUCAAACAAGGCACUAUGGUUCGCAAGCUCUUUGCAUUUACUGUGAAGCCAUUAAUAAACGUUCUGUUUAUCAUCAUUACGCUUCCAUUAAGCGUAUUGGCAGUGUUUAGAACGACUUUCUAUUCUUUAUUAUCAUGCAUGAAAAUAAGUUCAUGGUCUCACAAUAAUUCUCACCCAGUGUUAAGCUCUGAUCAAGAAACAUCAGCAGAAACCUCUGUGCCCAGUGCUCGUUAUGCCCCCGGCGAUUCUGAUGAUAUAAACCUCUUCCUUAAUUUAGAAAUAACAAAUACAAAACCAAGGAAGUCAGACAGCGGUGGAGAACAUGCCAGUGACUAUUGGGAUAAUGGGAAGAAUCUCGAAACAGGUCAGAACUUUAUGAACCCAACUACGAACGGCAAGUCAGUGCCAGAGGACACAGACGAGGGGGAGAGUGAGAGAAAAAGAUGUCCUUUCGAUCCAAGGCCUUAUUUAGUGCGUACUGCCCCAUUCUUCAGAAUCUUUUUCCACUUGCAGUCAAUAUUCGUCGCAGCCCUGUGGCACAGGAUCGAUGUGGCGAUGUCAUCUAUCGCGAAAAUGCUCCUCUUGGCAAUUCUUCGCCUGACGCCCAGUGUAGUCAUUAAGUGGAUGGCCACAGUAGCGGUCCGCUUCACACCAGGUAUAAAGAACCGAAAGCUCCUUCUAUCCUUCCUGGAGGACACGCCAGCCUCGAUCACCAAGAGGGCACUGGAGGCUUACGUCAAGAGGGUGCCAAUCUCCGUCAUGAUGACCCAUGCCCAGAUAACGCUAAAGGACAGCACGUCGAAAACUGUCGUCAGGUGCAUGUCGGAAGUUUUGAAAACCGUCACAAAAAUUACAGAGUCGAUUUUCAUGAGCGUGUCCAGUAUUUUCAAACAGAUGUCGAAAAAAAUGAGGAUUCGGAGAAGUAAGGAAAGGUCAUCCCUCAAGGAGAGGGUCCUCCUCAGGCUCAAGAGUGAAGAUGGGUGUCACAAGAAACGUCAUGUGGAGUAGUACUAAUUGCAGGUGUAACUGCUAUUUCAUCUUGGUGUUUUGUUUAAUAUUUCGAUUGAGUUACAGUAAGAUAUAUUUUAGGAAAAUAUAUUUUUAGCACAUAUUCCAGUGCGAGGGAUUUUAUAAGCAUUUUUUCAAUGGUAUACACAUGGUUCUGAGCUUACUCUGUUUUUUUUUUUUUUUUUUUUUUUUUUUUUUUUUUUUUUUUUUUAUUUUUUUUUUUUUUUUUUUACAGUUUAGGUAGACCAAUUCCUUGUCCCGUUUACAAACGUAAACGUUUUUGUAUUAAUGUACUAACAUUUUACUUUGUAUUUACAACUAAAGUAAUAAAACUAACUACAAAAGUAA